AUGUCCUACAACCUUGAGAUCGCUGAGAAGCCGGCAUACGCCCCAUUCUUUGGAUACAUGGGAGCUGCUGCCGCCCAAAUCUUCACCGUGUUCGGGGCUGCUUAUGGAACAGCCAAAUCUGCCGUUGGGAUUUCAUCUAUGGGUGUGAUGCGUCCUGAAUUGAUCAUGAAAUCGGUCAUCCCUGUUAUUAUGGCUGGUAUCAUCGGUAUCUAUGGUCUGGUUGUCGCCAUGGUGCUCAAGGGUCGUAUCAAGCCUGCCUCUAAGGACUACGAUCUUAACAUGGGUUUCUCUCAUUUGGCUGCUGGCCUGACCUGUGGUCUCUGCGGCCUCGGUGCCGGUUAUGCCAUCGGUAUUGUUGGGGAUGCUGGGGUCCGUGGUACUGCCCAACAGCCUCGUCUUUUCGUCGGAAUGAUCCUUAUUUUGAUUUUCUCUGAAGUAAGUUGCGAUGCGACACGACGGAAAGAAUAAGAAACACACUGAUUUCUAUAACUUUCAAUUUCAGGUCUUGGGGCUUUAUGGUAUGAUCGUCGCCUUAAUCCUGAGUUCCUAA